AUGUCGUACGGUCAAGGAGAGAGUUAUCGCUCAGCCCCUCGGGACUUCACAAGCCUUAUCCAAACAUGCAGUUCCAAUAUCCAGAAGAUCACUCAAAACACCGCUCAGAUCAAGAACAUGGUGAGCCAGUUGGGGACCAGACAGGACAACAGUGAACUUCAGGACCGACUGCAGCAGAUACAGCACUACACUAAUCAACUUGCAAAAGAAACCAACAAGCACUUGAAGGAGUUGGGCUCAGUUCCUUUGCCAAUAUCACCGUCGGAGCAACGGCAGCAGAAGAUUCAGAGGGAACGACUGAUGAAUGAUUUCUCUGCUGCUCUCAACAACUUCCAAGCAGUCCAGAGACGUGCGGCAGAGAAGGAGAAGGAGUCAGUAGCCCGAGCAAGAGCUGGAUCUCGCCUAUCAAGCGAUGACACUUCGCGGGAGGAAAAGCUUGUGUCAUUUGAUAAUCAGGGUGACUGGGGUCAAAUGACCACUCAGACAGAGGAGGCAGCGAUCACAGAGGAGGACCUGGAACUUAUUAAGGAGAGAGAAACUAAUAUUAGACAGCUGGAGUCGGACAUCAUGGAUGUCAACCAGAUUUUUAAAGACCUCGCUGUGAUGAUCCAUGACCAAGGAGAAAUGAUUGAUAGCAUCGAGGCAAAUGUGGAGAAUGCUGAAGUCCAUGUAGAGCGAGGGACAGAACAACUACAGAGAGCUGCCUACUACCAACAAAAGUCCCGGAAGAAGAUGUGCAUCCUGGCAUUAGUUUGCUCCAUUGCGUUGGCUAUUCUUGCCGUCAUCAUCUAUGAAUUGUCCAAGUGA